AUGAUCAAUAAGAGUUUUCCAGUUGGCUUUAUACUUCUUGGCUUCUCUGAGUGGCCACAGCUAGAAAUGAUUCUCUUUUGGAUUGUGGUCUUCUUCUACACUAUGAUUGUCUUUGGGAACUUGACCAUCAUCUUGCUCUCCUGCAUGGAUCCUCGCCUCUACACCCCCAUGUACUUUUUUCUAAGCAAUCUUUCCUUCUUGGAGCUCUGUUUCACUACAAGCACAGUACCCCAGAUGUUGUCCAAUUUCUGGGGGCCUGACAAGAGCAUAACCUACACAGGCUGUGUCGUUCAACUCUGUGUAUUUCUCUGUCUUGGAGCCACUGAAGGUAUCUUGUUGGUGGUGAUGGCCUUUGACCGCUAUGUGGCUAUCUGCCAACCCCUGCGCUACACCAUCAUCAUGCACCCUCCACUCUGUUGGAAGCUGGCAUUCAUGGCCUGGUUGUCUGGUAUGACUGAGUCUGUAGUUCAAUCUUCUAUCACAUUCCAGCUUCCGUUCUGUACCCAUCACCGCCUGGAUGACUUUCUGUGUGAAGUUCCUGCUCUCAUACGCUUGACUUGUGGAGACACUUCCACUAAUGAAUGGCAAAUGACUAUUUCUGCUGUUCUCUUUACCAUUGUGCCAGUGGGGCUGAUCCUGACUUCUUAUGGCUACAUAGCACAAGCCAUAGGGAAAAUCCAGUCAGAGGAGGGAAGGCAGAAAGCUAUUGCAACCUGCACUUCUCACCUCAUUGUGGUCUUCAUGUUCUAUGGGACUGUAGCCAUGGUUUACACACAUCCAAAAAACCAAUUUGCUUCAAAAUAUGGCAAGUUUUUCACCUUUUUCUACACUGUGGUCACACCUUUUUUGAACCCUCUCAUCUAUACCCUGAGAAAUAAAGAGGUAAAGAAUGCCCUGCAAAGGCUACUGAAGAAGGGGAUUAACUCCCCCCCCCCCCAAAAAAAAAGGCAAUGUUGGGCAGUCAGGUGGUAG